AGACUGGGGUAGGAAUUCUUGUCGUGCGCCUCACCCGGCUGGCCCGAGCGCGCCGCCGCAGACCCCAGACGCUUCCUCCUCCCGAGCGCGGGGGCCACCUACCCGUGCGGAGAGCAAGGCCGGGAGGGUCGCUGAGAUUGAGGGUGUGACUCCGGAGAUCGGGGGCCUGGCGGACGCAGGGACCACCCAGCGACGUGGCUCCGGCCCGGGGGCUCCUGGAAUAUGUGUCCGGGGCUGCAAGUGCGAGGCCAGGCUCCCUGAAGACCGAGUUGGAUUCGAAUGCAAAGUGGGGCGGCUCCCGCGGUGCCGGCGUGACCCGCGGCAGAGUCCCAGCGCGCGGCACUUGUCCCCAGGCACCCUUGGGGGCCGCUUUCCUGGCGCGGGUCGGGAUCCGGUGGCCGACACCGCGCGCGGGGCGCAGUCGCGCUGUGGCUUUCAGCACAACAGUUUGUUUGACAGUUGCCAGAUUAUGUUUACGUUUCUGGUUGUAUUCUGCCAGCUGCCCAUAGUUACCUUCGCGUUUCCUCAUUGCACGAGAAGUUCAAGGGAUACUAGGCAUGCGGGAGAAGAAGUUUUUACAUCAAAGGAGGAUGCAAACUCUUUCAUACAACGACAUCUUCUAUAUAAUAGAUUUGAUAUGGAACUCUUCACUCCUGGUGACCUAGAAAGAGAGUGCAAUGAAGAACUUUGUAAUUAUGAGGAAGCUAGAGAGAUUUUUAUGGAUGAAGAUAAAACGUUGACAUUUUGGCAAGGCUAUUCGAUUAAAGGACCAACCACAAAAUCAGAUGUUAACAGAGAGAAAAUUAAUGCUUUGGGCCUUUUGACUGGAUUAAUUGCUGCUGGAGUAUUUUUGGUUUUCUGUGGAUUAUUUGGUUACCAUCUUUGUAUCACUAAGUGUAAGAGACAACAGCAUCCAGGUUCUUCAGCGGUCUAUGUAAGGGACGAAGAGCACCCUCCCUCCAUCGUUUUCGGAAUACCUGAGGAGCCUGUCUUAUCCCCAUUGCCAUCUUAUGUGGAAGACUCAGAAUUACCUUCUUAUGAACAGGCAGUGGCACUGACCAGAAAACACGAUGUUUCACCACCACCACCACCAUAUCCUGGCCCAGAAAAAGAGCUUAGGGUAUUUAAAAAGUCUGUGUCACUCCCAUCUCACUAAGCCCACUUGCCAUCUUGGUUGUAUAGGAAAUUCAUGUGUUUUGAAUGUUUGUUCUCUCCAAAUCAAAAAAGAUUCAGCCAUUUAUGACAAACUGCAGGGAGCAAAGGAAGAAUAAGCACAUGUAUUACACCACAGAAUUCUGUCUACCUCUUGCAACUGAAUUUGAUCAUUAUCGUCUUGAUGGAACCUUUGAUUCCAUCUCUUUGCAGUUGAGAAAGCACUUUUUUGUAAUGUUUGUUUUAAUUGUUAAAAAGAAUCUGUGUUAUUGAUGGCAUAAUUAGAACUGGUUAACUAUUUUUAUCCUUUUGUACAGAUAAAGGUUGUAGAUUUCUUAUAUUAAAUAUGAAAAAAUAUAAGAAUUUCUAAUCGUUAAAGUAUCCCAGUCAUGAUAUUGGACCUAUUUAUUAGGAUUCCUUUUUGAUUGGGAAUACUUCACAGAAUUUGACAUUUCAGUACAAAUUGGUGGCCUUAACAUAAUCACUUUGUUUUAUAUUUUAAAUUAUUGUAUAUCAUUCACCAUACUUUUCAUAGUUUUAGUUAACUCUUGCUGUCACUCAUAUUUCAUUAUUGGAAGUACAGUUAGUGGUUUUUAAAAAAAAAAUACUACUUGCUAUGGAGUUAAUUCUUCAGAGGGCAUAAGGUUGCAAUGGCAAGGACUUGCACGGGUUGCUGUUCUAAGCAAAUAAAUUAUCAUCUCAGAAUCUAGGAAUGACUAGGACUUGAUAAAGUUGCCCAUGUUAUUAAUGAGUAGAUACACCCAUCUUCAUAGCUAAAUUGUCUAUAUAUAACUACAUGUAAUUAUUUAUCUUGAAAAUUAGUUGAGCUCUAUAAAUAAUAGUCUGACAACCUGGAUAAAGUAAGUGACUUUUCUGCUAUUAAAAUAAUAUUGAUUAAAGUUACCAGCAACCUCUUCCAUCUGUUAAUAUGUCUAACACAAAAGAAAAACAUUAUAAUUGUUUUAACUCAUACUUUGUCUAUUCUUCCAAUCUUGUUUAUUAAUCAGUCUCUCCUUAAGAAUGCAGAGGAAUAUGACCUAUAAACCUCUAGAGUAGUAUGCAUGUGCAUGAAGUUAUGUCGGUAGGUGUGUGUGUAUAUAUGAAUUUGUUCCUUCUUUGCAGGAGAUCCAGAAGUUACAUACUCCUGAGAAAUAGAAUAGAAAAUUCUGUCCUUUAUGUUUUUGCCAGGCAUUGCAUUUUCCUGUUAUUAAAGAUCAUUUAUACAAUUUUAUUUUUUUUUGUAAUUUUUAAAGCAGUGAGACUGCAACCCAUGUGCAUCUGAUUAUUCCUUCCAAACUAAAUGUUUGAAAGUAUAAAUCAUAUUACAAUGCAUGCAUGAGUGCGUGUGUUCCUCUUUUAAGACAGCACGAUCUUAAGGCAGAUAAAAGUAAGAUCUUAAUCAUAGACUGCCAAAAACAUUAUCCUUUUAUUCUCAGAAUCUGUUCAGUUACAUGUUCAGUAAAUCAUCUAGCAACAUUUAGAUUUAAUUAGAAAAAGUGUGUUUUUUUUCUGAGCCACCCACAUUACCUAUAAAAAUUGUUAUUUAUCAUAGUCUUUUCAUAAGCACUUUUUCUCAUGUAACUUUGCACUUUGCACUUAUUUUAAUCCUCCUUAAAAGGUCAAAGGCAAACUCUACUUUACUUACCUUGUAAUAAUCAGACUAAAGCAUAGAAGGAUAACUUGCCCCAAAUUAAACUUGGUGAGAGCUGUGUUUAGAAUGAAUGAGCACUUGUUUAGUCCCAUUUUGUGACUAUAGAGUUGCACUGUCUCAGAUUAUGAAAUCUGUGGAUCUUGUUACUUAAGUCUAAGACUGUGAAAUAAAUUUACAAGCAUUUGUCACAUACACAUACAUGUAUAUAUUUACAUAUAUAUGAGUACAACAUAUUUUAAGACUGAUAGAAAUAUAGGAUAUGGAUGUAAUAGAAAUAUAAGAUAUAGAUAUAUCUUUUACUGAAUCAUAAUUUGAAAAACUGCCUGAACGCCUCUACUCCCAUUGACUCAUUUGUGAGCCUAAUUGAAAAGCCAGUUUCAGAACCUGUGACACACCGCUUCCAACAGCAGCCUAGAUUUGUCAUCUGCCGUCAUUCAGUGUAAACUUGUUACUCUAACUUGAAUCAGUCUAGAAUUCAUCAUGAAGAUUGCAAAAUCACUGGUAUUUGUAGAGAUCCUGUGUCGAGUUCAUGAUACUUUAAAUUUUAAAGGGAAAAUGUGAUUUAAUCAUAAUUGACAAAUGUUUAUAUUGAUUGAACAGAAAAUACCGCAAUAUAAAAUAAUUGAUAUAUAUCUGUUUUUCAUUCAUUUUUUUCUGUUCCUCUUGUACUUUUAGUGAUGGAGUUUUAUUUUGUUUGAUCUGUUGUUUAUGCUCCUUCCCCUAAGCAAUUGAUUAGUAUUAACCAUUAAAUUGAUUUCAAUUCAAGGUUUUAUAUACAAUUAGAUCAGUUUUCACCUCUAUUAAAAUCAGAAAAUGAAUGUAAUAUGGGUAUGAAAAGGGGAUAUGAUUGAAAAAGAAGACAAAUACACAUUUAUAAUAUUAUACUUUCAGUAAGAUAGAUAAUUCUGCAUAGAAUAUUCUCUUUUCAAAAGGAAAAAAUUAAAGAGAGCACAGACUCCAUGACUCUGUCAAAGUUUGGCAUCUGUUAAUAAAGCGCCCUCACAGUGAAUACAUGAAGAGGGGUGAAACCUCUCACAACAAUUAAAAACUAUAGAACAACAGUGCCCAUGUCUUCAGUUUCCUGUUUGCCUCUGAACUUCUAAUCCAUUUUUUCCAUUUCUCAGAUAAUUUUUGCAUACUUUUCCUGUAUGUACAAGAGAAUUUUUUAAUGCCCCAAGAUUUGUUAAUACUUAAAAGCUUGAUUUCAUAUUAUUCAUGUUGUUUUGUUUUCAUUGGAUGUGAAUUAAAAUUUUAUUAGUUGUUGCUUUGA